UGUGGCUUACAAAUUAGCAGCUCGUCAGAGCUGUCCACGGAGCCGCUGGAAUGCGUGUGUGCGCGCGCGUGGAAAGAAUGUUCCUCGAAGAGCUUUCCAGUCCACGGUGAGGAACGUCCUCGUCAUUCAAUGGAGUCUUCCCUGGAGUUGUCAAGCUCUUUGGGCAGCGUGUCGUCGCUGCUGGUCCGCCAUCGGACUUUUAAAGUGUUGCUCAUCGGGGACUCUGCGGUGGGGAAGACCUGCCUCACACACCGGCUGUGUGCGGGUGACUUCCCCCGCGACGCGGAGCCCACCAUCGGGGUGGACUUCCGAGAAAGAGUCCUGGACGUGGACGGAGAGAAGAUCAAGCUUCAGUUGUGGGACACGGCGGGACAAGAGCGCUUCCGCAAGUCCAUGGUGCAGCACUUUUACCGUAAUGUGCAUGCGGUUCUUUUUGUGUACGAUGUCACCUGCCCCGCCAGCUUCAGCAAUCUCUCUGCCUGGGUAGAAGAGUGCAGGCAGAACUCCAUUGGACAGGAUGUCCCCAGGUUCCUGGUGGGGAACAAGAGCGACCUCCGUGACGUCACCGAGACAGAUGUGCAAGUCAGCCAAGAGCAGGCGCUGCGCUUUGCCAGGGUUCAUCACAUGAUGUUUUUUGAGACGUCCGCCAAAAAGACAGUGGACAAACACCCCAAUGGACCGCAAGGACUUGGGGAGUUUCCUCAUUGGCACGAUACGGUGGAGCACAUCGUCAACACAGUCGGUGCCAGACUGAAAAGACAGAAGAAAGGCGGCGCAGCAAACAUGGCGACAUACAGCGGCUCUUUCAAACUGCUCAACAAAAAAAACAAAGAGAAAGAAGUCUGGACCUGCUGCUGAAAAACAACAGCUAUUAAUUCUGUGUGUUGUCUGUGUUUGUGAUCUUGAUGUUUAUACUGGUUAUCAAAUAAAACAAUGUGA